GAAGACAUGGCGGCAGUAGACCAAAUUCCAUUUGAAGAAUUUAAACUAGGAAAGGGUGUAGGUUCAGGGUCGUUUGGCAGUGUAUUUGUGGCCGACUGGAGAAACCGAGUGAUUGCAGUGAAGAGAAUACGAGCAGGCUGUGAGGAUAGGAAAAUUGACAGGGAGAUCAACCAACUGGCAAGAGUUGACCACGAGAACAUCAUAAAACUGUAUGGUAUCUCCAAGCACGAGGACAGAGUUUUCCUACUGAUGGAGUACGUAGAUGGUGGAUCUCUGUUCAGCUUUCUGCAUGCGCAAUCCAGGCCAAGUUAUUCGCUUGCCCACGCCCUCAACUGGAGCCUCCAGAUCGCUCAGGGGGUUGCUUAUCUCCAUGGCAUGAGACCAAAAGCGGUCAUUCAUCGUGAUAUCAAGCCGCACAAUGCAUUGCUAGGCCAGAGGGGCCUCAGUCUGAAGAUCUGUGAUUUUGGCACCGUUGUAGACCAGACGCUAUCGAUGUCGCUGGAAACGGGCACCGUCAGAUACAUUGCGCCAGAGGUCUUCAAAGGCGGUCGCUAUAAUGAAAAGUGUGAUGUGCACAGUUGGGCGAUCACUUGUUGGGAAACAUUAUCGCGCAAGAUGCCUUUGGACAAAUACGAUGGCACCUCUGCCUGGGCCUUGAAAUUGGCCAUAAAUGGAGGCGAGAGACCGUUGUUGGAUGAUAUUAUGGCAGGCUGUCCCGAGGAUGUAAACAGUUUAUUAACUGCUUGUUGGGACGUGGAUCCAAAGAGGAGGUUUUCCAUGGAACUGGUGGCUCAUAUCAUGAAGAAAUUCACUGGUGAAGCUGGACCCAUUCAGCCACUGGAUUACAUUCUCACAAAUUAACCCAAGUAACAAACGGAUAUUUAUGUGAACGUUAAACACUAAUUUAUUUUCUUGAAAACUCUCCUGAAAUAUUUACAUUUUUACCGAUACUGUACGGAUUACGAGGAUGGGGUGGGUUGGGUGUUGAAU